AAAACUUCUUCCCAUUUCUAAAACAAACACAUUCAUCAUGAGUAUCUCAGAUAGCUCAUCGUAUGGAGAAGAAGAAAACGAAGAGUACGAAAGGUUUCACCACCUACGUUUGAGUUUGAUCGGUCGGAGGCUGGCUGAAGGUGCAUCAAGUCGCCGUCAAACUACAAGCCGACGUCACAUUGAUCGUGAGAGGGUCGAAUGUAAUCGACGUCUUAUGAGGGAUUACUUCGAUCCAAAUCCAGUAUACAAUGCUCGCAUUUUCAGAAGGCGCUAUCGAAUGCAGCCAAGAUUAUUCCAUCGCAUUAUGGGCGACAUUGUGAGGUUUGACCCCUCAUUUGCUCUAAGGCGUGAUAGCUUUGGUCAAUUGUCACUAUCUCCAGAGCAGAAGCUUACUGGUGCGAUGCGCAUGCUAGCAUAUGGUUCUCCAGCUGAUCAACUUGAUGAGUAUGUUCGUAUGGGUGAAAGCACCUUGAUGGAGGUCUUCAGAAAGUUUUGCAACAACAUUAUCAACAUGUACGGGGCCACAUACCUUCGCGCACCUACUCCUGCUGAUUUAAGGAUCUUACUCCGUAAAGCCUCAAGUCGUGGCUUUCCUGGAAUGAUUGGAUCAAUUGACUGCAUGCAUUGGGAAUGGAGGAAUUGUCCAAGUGGUUGGGCAGGACAAUACACCGGCCACAUGCAUAGGCCAACAAUCAUUCUGGAGGCGAUGGCCUCCUACAACACAUGGAUAUGGCAUGCUUUCUUUGGGACACCUGGAUCGAACAACGAUAUAAAUGUUCUGGGGAUGUCACCAGUGUUUGAUUGUAUCGUCAAUGGAAGCGCUCCACAUGUACGAUUUGAGGUAAAUGGUCAUGCUUAUGAUCAAUGUUAUUAUUUGGCUGACGGUAUUUAUCCCUCAUGGUCGACUUUAGUGAAGACCUUCAGCAAUCCAAGGUCAAACAAAGAGGCUUUGUUUGCUCAACAUCAAGAAGCACACCGCAAAGAUGUGGAACGGGCAUUUGGAAUCCUCCAAACAAGAUGGGCAAUUGUUCGUGGCCCUGCAAGAGCUUGGGAUGUUGUCACGCUUAACAAUAUAAUGCUGUCGUGCAUUAUAUUACACAACAUGAUAAUCGAGGAUGAGCAGGUUGAUUCUGAUGACGAGAUGGAUGAUGACCUUGAUUAUGAGGUCCUUGCACAACCUGAACCAAUCAACCGACACCAAUCAACUCUAAUUGAUUACUUGGCUAGAAAUAACAGGCUUCGCUCAUCUACAACACAUCAUGCGCUUAGAAAUGACUUGGUUGAGCAUCUUUGGAAUUUGCACGGCAAUAUCUAGCAUUGUUUUACUUCAUGUUGCUUGGUUGUUUGUAUUUCAAGUUUCACUGUGUGAUUGUAUUUCAUGUUGCUUGGUGUGAUUGUAUUUCAAGUUUCAGUGUGUGAUUGUAUUUCA